AUGGCCACUAUCAAGGCCAUCGAGGGCCGCUCUGUGCAUCAGAUCCAAUCAGGUCAGGUCAUUGUUGGGCUGGAGUCGGUAUGCAAAGAACUUGUCGAGAAUAGCAUCGAUGCAGGCGCCACAUCGAUUGAGGUGCGCUUCAAGAACCACGGGCUUGAUGCCAUAGAAGUUCAGGAUAAUGGUUCUGGCAUUGCACCUGACGACUACGACACCAUCGCCCUCAAGCACUAUACGUCCAAACUCGCUAGCUACGAUGACCUCGAGUCGCUCCAGACAUUCGGCUUCCGCGGUGAGGCUUUGUCGUCGUUAUGUGCACUCUCCAACUUCCACAUCAUCACCACUCGACCUUCCGACGGCCCGAAAGGCACACGGCUAGACUUUGAGCAGUCAGGCAAGCUGAAGGGGACGUCUGUGGUAGCGGCUAAGCAGGGUACAACGGUGGUGGUGGAGACACUAUUCCACAAUUUGCCUGUACGGCGGAAGGAGCUCGAGAAGAACGUCAAAAGGGAGUACAAUAAAGUGCUGCAGCUGCUGAACGCAUAUGCUUGUAUAAGCGUAGGCGUCAAGUUCUCUGUAAGCAAUCAGAUACCGAAAGGAAAGAAGACAGUAGCUUUCUCCACGAACGCUAAUGCGAGCACGCGUGACAACAUCUCCAACGUCUACGGCGCAAAGACGGUUGCCGCCCUGAUCCCUCUUAGUCUCCAGUUCGUUAUGGACCCUUCAAGUCGGCCUGGUGCCACACAAAGCGCAAGGAACUGGAGCACGCAAGAGGAUUCGGGCUCACGAACUGUCAAGAUAGUGGGCCACAUCUCCCGCCCAGUUGUGGGCGAGGGCCGCCAAACGCCGGACAGACAAAUGUUCUUUGUGAACUCACGGCCUUGCAAUCUGCCACAGGUUGCGAAGGCAUUCAACGAGGUCUACAAGUCCUACAACAUCACACAAUCACCUUUUGUCUUCGCAGAUAUUCAGCUGGACACCAACGCUUACGACGUCAAUGUGAGCCCCGACAAACGGACCAUCAUGCUCCAUGAUCAGACUGCGCUGUUAGAGAACCUCAAAGAGGCUCUUUUGGAACUAUUUGAGGGUCAUGAUCAAAGUGUCCCUCAAGCUCAACUCCUAGGCCAGAAAACGCCCACGUCUACCUUCAAGCCAGCGACCAUGCAGUUUCGUGAGAGCACUACCUCAGUAAUGGAGGGUGACCGAAGCGAAUCGGAAGAUGCUGUUGAGUCUCGCCUGGAGACCCCAAGGAGAUCUGACAUGAGAUCUGUUACAGAAACGCCCAGAAUAAGCGAUCUUCCAGGCUUUGUGAAAGCAAGUCUCAUUGAGCGAUCCGCUGACCGGGACCCUGAAGACCGAAAAAUUCGUCCAGCGAUUAGGUCCAGGAGAACCAGCACGCCUGAGGACAGCAAGGUGACUGGGGAUCGUGUGUCGAAUUCUCACAUGUCUCAACGUAGCACUACACCUGAGCAUGAAGACUCUGUCCGUCCACCACUUGCAAGGUCACAGUCGCCAUUGUUCGAACCGGAAGAGAUGACCGACGUGCCCGUCCGACUUUCUCAACCUCCGAAGAUUGUUCAAGAUUUCAACGCCCGUAUAGCGUCUCAGAGUCCUCGUCAGCGCGAGCCCAGCAGCAAGCAUUCACAACCUGUCGAGGAUGGAGAGCAUGAACAACAGCCAAUUCCGGCUAUCGUACAAACGCCGCAAAAGUCGUGGUCACAGAGUACAAUUCAAAAUGCAUUUGACCGCAUGCGUCCCAUGCGUACUCCGAUCCAACAAGCCACGAUAACUGUGGGCGACACAACGACUGUUUCUACAAUCGGCACCAGAAGUCAAUCGAUAGCCUCCAAACGAGCUAGGAUACACACGCCAAAGUUCUCUCUUUCUGGCAAGCCAUUAGAUCAGACACCAAAGAAGAGUCUAUUCAAGAACGGUCUAGGUGGCUUUGCGGCACCGGGUACCCAAGCAGAAAGUAGCGACGAGGACGAUCAAGAUGAUGAGGAGGAUAGAGAAGAAGAAGAGGAUGGCAAUGAAGUCACUCAGGACAGUAACAUGUCUGAUGCACCUAUACGCUCUCCAUCUCCAACCAAGCGCUUGCCAUCUCGAGGAUUUGAAAAGCCCCAAACUGAUGACAUCACAGUCUCUCCCAGCACCCCAGCGCCCGAUUUAGAAAUUGUUUCGGAACAAGAUCAAGUAGCGGAAUCAACGUCAGAGGCCGAAGCCGAGGCUCAAGCAGAAGCGGAAAACACAGAUGACGACUACAUCGAGGACUCCGAGAAGAAGCAAAGAGAAGAAACGAAGAUUGCGCAGCUCAUCGCUGAAGCCGAAGAAGCCGCUUCCCGACCCACUGACAUGAACUUGAAGCGGGUCAACAAAUUAUUCAAAGUCAGUCAGAAGAAGUACUGGACCAUCAAUCUUGAGCGCGUUGUCGAGACGGAUAUUGAUGCUAUUGCUCGGCAUAUACAGAACAUACAAGCGUCUAUCGAUGCCUCUAUGCCAGGAACCGAUGAGGUGGCUGCGCUUCCAACAAGUACUCAGCUGAACCAAGAAGACCCCGAAGAACGACUUAGUCUUACAGUAACCAAGGCUGACUUCAAUGAGAUGCGCAUUAUUGGUCAGUUUAAUCUAGGCUUCAUCAUCGCCGUGCGACCACCUACUUCUACAUCGCCAACAUCAGAUGUGUUUAUUAUCGACCAGCAUGCGAGCGACGAGAAAUACAAUUUCGAGCGUCUGUCUGCGACGACAACGCUGGUGCCACAGAAACUCGUACAUCCACAUCCUCUCGAACUCACUGCUGUGGAAAGAGAGAUCAUUCGCGAGAAUAAGCACUCGCUAACCGCUAACGGGUUCGUCGUCGAUUUGGAAACCAUAGACGAGAAUGAAGCGGAUCAUCAUGCGCAGCUAGUCUCGCUGCCCAUGUCGAAGGAAGUAACAUUUACACCCACGGAUUUAGAGGAGCUCUUAGCACUCAUUCUAGAGAACCCACCGUCAUCCUCUACUUCCACAUCGCGGCACAUACCACGCCCUUCCAAAGUCAGGAAGCUACUAGCAAGCCGCGCCUGCAGGAGUUCCGUGAUGAUUGGUAAGACUCUUCAGCCGCCCCGGAUGAGAGAGAUUGUUCGACACAUGGGCAGUAUGGACAAACCCUGGUCUUGCCCCCAUGGUCGGCCUACCAUGCGUCAUCUUUUUGGUCUGGAGAAGUGGCAAGGCUGGACCGAAGGAGACGGUGUGACAGGGGUUGACGUACAGGGAGCGAAGACCGAUUGGAAUGCCUUCCUGAAGAAUAAUACAGGAUGA